AUGGGGAGAUUUGACAGCACGCCCGAGAAGAAAGUCCAUGGUGCCACCAUCCGGGCCGCUCACAUCGAGUAUGAGACCAAGACGCGCUGUUAUGGUCACGUCGACUGCCCUGAGUACGCUGAUCACAUCAAGAACAUAAUCAGCGGUGAAGUGCAGAUGGACGGCGCCAUCCUGGUCGUGUCAGCCACGGGCAAGCGGCUCAAGCAGGUGGAGACGAAAGUGCGCGAGCUGCUGCGUACGUACGACUACCCGGGCAAUGACGUGCCGAUUAUCAAGAGCUCGGCGCACCAGGCGCUGGACGCGUACAUCACGGAGCCAGAGCAAGCAGUGACUGGGCCGUUCUUGGUGCCAGUGGAAGAAACAUUCCCAACUGCUGAUCGUGGCCACCAUGCCACGGGCCGUGUGGAGCGCGGUGUGAUCCGGAUCGGCGACAAAGUAGAGAUCGUGGGUAUGAGUGGGACGGCCAGGACGGUGUGUAUGGGCGUUGAGAUGUUCCGCAAGUCGUUAGACAUGGGACAGGCAGUGCACGGAUUUCAAAGCGGAAGUGUACGUGCUGAACGUGGAUGA